AUGAACCCAGUGGCGGAGGGCCCAUCCGAAAAGGACGCGGGGCCCGCGAACGAGCAGGGGGACCCGCCAGCCCCAAGUGAAAACGCCAAAAGGAAAAACGAACACACGUUAAGUGAUGAUUAUAGCGGUAGGAAGAAGGCAAAGGUGGGCGAUGAGUUAACGGCAGAUCAGUAUGAAGAAGGUGAAGAGGAUAAACCAACAGGGGGGGGGCAAAAUGAGGCAGACGUCUGCUCAAACGAUGUGGAGGAGGAUCGUGGAUGUCAAGACAAGGGCGGUAAGAAGGAAGGGGGUGAGGACAAACAGGGUGACCACAGCAGUCAUGAGGGUAACCACGAUGGGGGGGAGAAGGAGACGCAUAAUGAGUAUGGCGGUAAUGAAGGAGUGGCCCAGGAGGAGGACCCCGAAAGGCAAAUGUGCCCUCGAAGCGACAUCCCAAUGGGGGAGGCGUCCUACCAAAGGGGGGGCGAACCUGGCGGGGCCGAACUGGAAGCCCAUCUCAUAAACAAACUGACGAACGAACGAUACAGCGAGAGGUACCUCCAACUGCUGGAAGAGAAGAAAAAACUGCCCGCAUGGAGCGCGAAAAGGAACUUUCUAAAGCUCUUUAAAAAAAACGACGUGCUGAUCAUCGUGGGAGAUACAGGUAGUGGAAAGACAACGCAGAUAUCCCAAUUUGUUUUGGAGUCCAAAUUUGCAGAAAAGAAAUCCAUUGCAGUGACCCAACCGAGGAGAGUAGCAGCCAUGAGUGUAGCAGCGAGAGUUUCAGAAGAAUUAGAUGUAGAGCUAGGGACGUACGUAGGAUACACCAUCAGGUUUGAAGAUCGGUCGAGCACCAAAACGGUCAUCAAAUAUCUGACGGACGGUAUGCUCUUGAGGGAAUCUAUGUAUGACCCUUUAUUGAAAAGAUACAACACCAUCAUUUUGGAUGAAGCUCACGAGAGGACCUUAGCCACGGACAUCCUCUUCGGAGUUAUAAAAAACAUCCAAGAGCAGAGGAACGAUUUAAAAUUAAUAGUCAUGUCAGCAACGCUAGAUGCGGGCAAAUUCCAAAAAUUUUUUAAUGGCUCCCAAAUUUUGAAUAUCCCAGGGAGGCUAUACCCAGUGGAGAUUUUUUAUACCCUCCAAGCGGAGAAGGAUUACAUAAGGGUGGUCAUCAGGACGGUGUAUGACAUCCAUGUGAAUGAGGACGAUGGAGAUAUACUCGUCUUCCUAACCGGAGAGGAGGAAAUCGAGAUGACGAAAAAGGAGAUUGAAAAAUUAGUUUCUAAGAAUGCGAGUGCUGGCCAGCUGAUAGUGCUACCGCUUUACUCCUCCCUACCGUCAACUCAGCAACAGAAGAUAUUCGAGCCUGCUCCGAGGCCAAGAUUUAAAGGAGACAAAAUGGGGAGGAAGUGCAUCCUGUCUACGAACAUUGCAGAAACGUCCCUCACAAUAGAAGGAAUCGUCUACGUAAUCGACCCUGGGUUUUCAAAACAGAAGGUGUAUAACCCCAGGGCAAGAGUAGAAUCUUUGUUAAUCGCCCCCAUUUCGAAAGCGUCAGCUCAGCAGAGAGCAGGAAGAGCAGGGAGAACAAAACCAGGCAAGUGCUUUCGCCUCUACACAGAAAAGUGCUUCGAGCAAACAUUACCAGAACAGACCUACCCAGAAAUACUGAGAUCGAACCUAGGCUCCGUUGUCUUAAAUUUAAAAAAAUUAGGAAUCGACGAUUUAGUUCAUUUUGAUUUUAUGGACCCUCCAGCACCAGAGACGCUGAUGAGAGCCCUAGAACAGCUGAACUACUUGGGGGCAUUGGAUGACGAGGGAGAAUUAACACAGAAGGGACACUUCAUGUCUGAGUUCCCCGUAGAUCCUCAGCUAGCCAAAGUGCUAAUUGAGUCUCCAAACUAUUGCUGCUCCAGCGAAAUACUAACCAUCGCCGCGAUGCUUUCCGUGCCGUAUUGCUUUUUAAGGCCUAAAGUGAAAGGCAAAGAAGCGGACGAAAUGAAAACGAGAUUCUCUCACCUAGAUGGAGACCACCUAACUCUAAUGAAUGUGUUUCAUGCCUUUGUCAAUUAUAGCCGAGUCGAUAUAAGUGCUUCGAAAAAAUUUUGUUACGAUUAUUUUCUAAACCAUCGAGCUAUGACAUCUGCCCAGAAUGUUAGGAAUCAACUCAUCCGGACGAUGGAAAAGAUGGACCUAAAAAUCGUCUCCAUGAACCCAUCCAGCCCCGACUACUACGUCAAUAUUAGGAAGGCCCUCCUCAGUGGGUUCUACCAGCAAGUGGCUUACAAAACGAGCAAGGGGUACUACAUCACCGUGAAGGACAUCCAAAUCGUCACUUUGCACCCCUCGACGGUGUUUCAAAUAAACCCCGAAUGGGUUAUGUACCACGAACUUAUAUUAACCACCAAAAAUUUUAUACGGACCGUAACAAAGAUUGAUGGCAAGUGGCUGCUCGAAAUGGCUAGAAGCUACUAUGAUCUGGAGGACCUGCCAAACAGCGAGGCGAAGAAUGAGUUACGCAUGCUUCUGGGGAAGCCCUAACGGGGGGGAAAAACCGCCUGAGUGCCUCCUCCCAGGGUGGCACAUCCCCACACAUAUACACCAUACAUUGUACACAAUUUGUUCGCGCAUCAUCCAACCGCCACCUUCUGAAUGAACAAAGGUGGUGCAGCGGUGUAGUGUAGCGGCGUGGCGUGGAUGCAUGACGACGCAAAUGCCUAGCUCUGCCGUGGGGCACAAAAACGCGCGUGACCCUUCCACGGGGGCGGCAAACAGACCCCGAGCGGUGACGCGCAAAUGUGUGGGCGCACCCCGCUACACCGUCUGCGCCCAUAUCUUCGCCGCGGCAAUGCACUCAUUCAAAUACUUGGUCAUCUCGUCCUUGUUCUCGUUGGAGAGGGCCACAUUCAGUUGG